UUCCUUGAUUUAUUUCAUUGCGCACGGAAAUGCUCGUAACUAAAUGCGCUCCGCUUUGACAUUUAAUAAGAGUUGUUUAAGAUGAGUGCGAUCAAAAACAAAUGUAAAUGUUAUGUAUAUCUAUGGAUCUUUAUUUGUGCGUUUGCAAAAGAUAUUGCAACAGCCAAAGCCGAACAUUUUGAACUGACUCCACAAGAUGGUUGGUUUAACAACUUGAUACAUCCGGACUGGGGUGCUAUAGAUGGUCAUUUACUGCGGAAGAGUAAAGUAGCCUAUAGUGAUGGCGUAUACAUGCCGUCAGGUCAAGGCAGGCCGAACCCUUUUGAAAUCAGUCUGGCAGGGCAUCAUGGACCACCCGGUCUCGGCUCACUCAGAAAUCGGAGCGCCUUCAUGGUUUACUUUGGGCAACAAGUGGUUGAGGAGAUACUUGAUUCUCAAAGGCCAGGAUGUCCUAGGGAAUUUUUCAACAUUCCAGUUAAACCAGAUAUAAAGAAGCCAAACUUUGAUCCCGAUGGUAAAGGAAAUAUUGAACUACCAUUAUUUCGUUCUCGCUACGAUCAGCGCACUGGGUACUCGCCGAACAAUCCCAGACAGCAGCUGAAUGAGAUAACACCAUUCAUAGACGGCACAUUGAUGUAUGGUGUAGGCAAAGCUUGGACAGACGCUAUUCGAGAGCUCAGUGAAGAGUUUCCCGGAAGGCUGAAGGCUCAAGACCCGAAUACCCCAAUUUCACAAAGUUUUCCUGCAGACAAUGACAUUAGGUUGCCAUUGGCAAACCCACCUCCUCCGAGAGAACACGAAUUAAAGCCCGUAGCGAGAUUCUGGCGUCUUGGAAAUCCGCGAGGCAAUGAAAACCCAUUUUUGCUGGCGUUCGGUGUUCUUUGGUUCCGCUACCAUAAUUAUGUGGCAGACACUAUUCAUAAGCAGCAUCCUGAAUUGAAUGACGAACAAGUUUUCAAUCUUGCAAGGAAGAAAGUCAUAGCUGUCCACCAGAAAAUAGUGAUGUAUGACUGGUUACCGGCCUGGCUGCACAUAGACAAGAAUGGGAAACCCUUUGUUAUGCCUGCAUAUGAUAAAUCUAGCGAAAACAACCCGUUUGAAGGUUAUGAUCCCAACAUACAUCCGGGUAUUACACAGGAGUUUCAGACUGCAGCUCUGAGAUUUGGUCACACGUUAGUGACGCCUGGCACAUGGAUUAGAGACAAGCAAUGCAAUUUUAAAGUUUUACCAAUAAAAACUCCAGGAAGUAGUGGCAAUGCCCAUGCCGUCAGAUUGUGCAAUGCAUAUUGGAACCCACAGGAGUUCCUAAAUUCUUCCCCAGACGCAUUCGAUAAUAUGUUAUUGGGUUUAGCGACAACAAGAGCAGAGAGAGAAGAUCAUAUCGUUGUUCCUGAUCUUAGAGAGCAUUUGUUUGGUCCUCUUGAGUUCUCCCGCCGCGAUCUUGUUGCUAUAAAUAUCCAACGAGCUCGUGACCACGGACUUCCGGAUUAUAAUUCUGUGAGAGAAGCAUAUGGACUUGAACGGAAGAAAUCUUGGGAAGACAUCAAUAACUAUACUGUAUCUACUGAUGAUUUUCCUAACACACACGAUGCAGUCGUAUAUAAUUACACAAAUAACUUGUACAUGAGAGAGCCGAUUGAAAGAAUGAAAAUAUUAUAUGGAAAUACUUCUGCCCCAGACAAUCUAGAUUUAUUCAGUGGUGGCAUUCUGGAAUCUACUCCCGACGGCCCGGGGGAACUAUUUAAGAAAAUUAUGUUGGAACAAUUUCUCCGUAUACGACAUGGGGACAGAUUUUGGUUCGAAAAUAGAGAUAAUAAAUUAUUUGAUGAUGAAACAUUUGACGAAGUAUGGAACACUACCAUUUUGGAUGUUGUUCUGGCUGUAACCAACAUAGCUUCUUCUGAUAUCAAUGCUAACCCGUUUUUAAUAAACGGUACAAGCGACCCGUGUUUCCAGCCGGAACAGUUGAAAGCAGAUUCCUCGAAGCAACUUGAUGACAUUCCAGUUUUAGAGCAAUGUACCCCACUGCAGCAUUACGAUUAUCUAUCCGGCAGUGAGCUGUCUUUUGCUCUAUCCUUUGCUGCUCUCGGCUUGUGUAUACCAGGUACAAUCGGGAUAAUGAUUUUGAUGGCAAGGAUGAAGCAGAGAAAAAUGCUUGAAGCCCGACGACGACAGGCUCCACGACGGAAAGAGGAGGAUCCAAAUACACACCUAGCUGUAGAAUGGGUUGGUUUUAAAGAUGGUGAGCGAAAUAUCAAAGUAAAAUUUGAUAAAGAGCGCAAGAAGUUACACGUUACUGACAGGGGAAGAAAACCACUGCGCUUGAUCGAUCUACGUUUUAUUGACAAAACAAAGGGCGUACACUUCCGGUUAUCUACAGACAAAGGAUGUACAGUGUUGUCAGUUCGAGUACCAAGCGAAAUUGAUCUGGUGCUGAAAUUUGCUACCCAAGUGAACAGAAGUGAAUUUAUCACGUCGCUAGAGCGGUUUUUAGUUGAGAUUGGUGUAAACAGAAACAAACAUGACAUGAAAGAGGACAUGAUAAUGAAAGAUGCAACCACCAAAGACCAGAGGAAGAAAGUUCUGGAUCAGUUCAUCAGAGUUGUGUGUCUUCAGGCGUACAAGACAGACUCAGAUGUACCACAGUUUGACGGAGAUACAGCUAAUUCAGUGUCAAAAAUACAGCUGACCAGGUCAGAGUUUGCAGACGCAUUAGGACUCAAACCCUCGUCUAUGUUUGUACGUAAUAUGUUUCUAAUGGUGGAUAAGGACAAAAACGGACUUGUUAGCUUUCAGGAAUUCAUGGAAAUGUUUACGAUACUUGCAAGUGGUGGAGCAGACGAAAAAGCAAAAAUGUUAUUUAACAUGCACGACCUCCGACGGAAAGGCUUUCUCAGCAAAGAAGCUUUCACGAAAAUGAUAAAAUCAAUGCUUGAUCUGUCAGAUUCGAGUCUUGACGAUAGUGAUGUCGGUACAUUAGUGUCUACGUUAUACCAACAAGUUGGGCUAACGCAUGGCCAGAACAUGACUCUUGCUGCUUUUAAAAAGAUCUUUGCUUCAGAGGAGUAUGAAAAUACUUUGGAACAGGCAACACUUCAGCUUAAAGGAGCAAAGUCGCAAUGGCAAAAUAAGAAGCCUAUUAAAGAAACCUUCAGUAUGAGAAGGAAGACGUUUAUAGAGACUUAUGGUCAAGACGGCGCUGAAAAUGAUCAACCCACAUUGCAACGGCAGAAAUCAAAAUUAAAAAUAGAGACAAAACAGAAGGCUCAACCAAUGACUGGAUGGCAGAAACGCCUGUACAGUUUUAACAAAUACGUAGAAAAUUACAAACGGCAAAUCUUUUGGGUUACUCUCUAUAUUUUGAUUUCCAUUGGCAUAUUUGUGGAAAGAGCAUAUUAUUAUUCUUUUGAGCGUGAGCAUGCCGGAUUGCGUCGUCUGGCCGGAUAUGGCGUGACAGUGACACGUGGAGCUGCCAGUGGUAUGAUGUGGACAUACUCGUGCCUUUUAAUAACAAUGAGCCGCAACACGAUAACUUUCCUCAGAGAAACAUUUCUACAUCAGUUUAUACCAUUUGACAGUUUUCAUGCCAUGCAUAAGUUUGUUGCUGCUCUUGCUCUUAUAUUCACAGUUACACAUUGUGUAGGACAUGGUUUCAAUUUGUAUCACAUCUCAACCUGGCCUUCCACAGAUCUAAAUUGUGUCUUCAGGGAAUAUUUUAGAGCAACGGACAAGUUAGCUUCUUUUCACUACUGGGCAUGGACAACAAUCACAGGUCUUACAGGCAUAUUUCUGACGGUAAUAGUUAUCGUAAUGUAUGUUUUUGCUAUGCCAUACGCCAGAAGACAUUUGUUCAACGCAUUUUGGUUCACACACAGUUUCUACAUACUCCUGUAUAUAUUUAUGAUUUUGCACGGGUCUGGACGGCUCGUGCAGCCUCCGCUGACUCAGAACUUUCUGAUAGGCCCACUUGUGAUUUACGUGAUUGACAAGCUGAUCAGUUUCAGCAGGAAGAAGGUUAAGAUUUCUGUCGAAAAAGCGGAACUUUUGCCUUCAGAUGUGCUUGGGUUAACUUUUAAACGACCACUGAACUUCGAAUAUAAGUCUGGCCAAUGGGUACGUAUUGCUUGUUUGGAAUUAGGCGAAGAGGAAUAUCAUCCGUUUACCUUGACCUCCGCCCCUCAUGAAGAACACCUUAGUCUUCAUAUUCGGGCUGUAGGACCUUGGACCAUGAACAUGAGGAAGACUUACGAUAUCAACAGCAGAGAUGGCAAAGAAUUCCCUAAGGUUUUUAUAGAUGGCCCUUUUGGCGAAGGUCACCAAGACUGGUACAGAUAUAAGGUGUCCGUCCUAGUUGGUGGGGGUAUUGGUGUGACACCAUUUGCAUCCAUCCUCAAGGACAUCGUGUUUAGGUCUAAGUCUAGUGUCAAAUUUCCAUGCGAGAGGGUUUAUUUUUUAUGGGUAACAAGGACACAGAAACAGUUCGAAUGGCUGACAGAUAUCAUCCGCGAGGUGGAAGAAAAUGACCAGAAACGAUUGGUGAAUGUUCACAUAUUUAUAACGCAGUUUCAACAGAAAUUUGACCUGAGAACAACUAUGCUGUACAUAUGUGAGCGCAAUUUUCAGAAGGUGUGUGGUAAAAGUUUAUUUACAGGAUUGAGAGCGACUACGCACUUUGGCAGACCAGAGUUUGAGGUGUUCUUCAAAUCUCUCCAUUACGAACAUCCAACUGUGAAACAAGUUGGCGUGUUCAGUUGUGGGCCUCCGCCGAUGACUUUAAAUGUUGAUCGCGCUUGCUCAGCCAUGAACAAAUAUGACAAUUUUCCGUCAUAUUCACACCACUUUGAAAACUUUUAAUAGCACUCAGAAUAAUACAUCAAGAUAUAGAUCUGUGCAGAGGAUUCAGAACAAAUGAACAAAAUCUUUAUAGGAACAUUUUUCAUUCUUAUGGUUUUAAAAUACGUUUGAUAAAGCAAAAACAAGAUGUUAAAAAUCAACAUUCCGUUCUAAACAUUUAAUGCGAAGUACAUAAAUAAAUAUUAAAUAAAUAAAUAACGUAACUAUACUUCUUCGUGAUCAAAAUACUAAGUAGACAAUUUUUUCUUACUUAAAUUAAACAUGGAUGCCACCUAUUACAUAAGCUAUCUCAAUAGAAAACAUUAAUCUUUAUUUGAGUUUAAACAGUUAUCUCCCCUUCAUCAGAUUUUCUGCCACCUUUUGUCAAUCAUGAUAAAAAUCUUAAGUCAAAAAUUAGGACAUGUAAAUGUAACGCAUGUGGCCAGCGUAAAAUAUACAUCACAAGAGUCGUAGGGAAAAAUAGCAUUUAAUAACAAUUGUCAAAUGUUUUAAGCAUAUGGAAGUCAGAUUGAUACCUGUCCCCGUGAUCCGUAUAGCUGACCAUCUGCUUAACAUGUUAGAAUGUCUCAACGUUUGAAUUUAUUUCUUGGGGAAAAAAACUGUGAUUAUCUAGAGAACAGAAUUAUAGCCAACAUGGUAGUCUAAAUUGCUGACUUAAUACGCUGAUGAGUAUAGGCCGUUAUUAUAGCUAUAAUAACCACACCAUCAAGCGAAACCAGGAAAAGAAGAUGCGCGGUAGAAACUAGCGGACACAUACAUAUUAAUUUUUAAUUCGACAAGGAAAUAUUUAAGGCAGAUAUAUACUUAUCUAAAACUACCGUACGUAUGUAUAUAUGUAUAAAUGUAUGUAUAUAUAAAGUUCACGAUGCGCAAUUCAAAUUUAUUUCCGAAACAAAUUUCCGGAUAGAGAGGUACUUUAGUUUCAAAGAAAGAAAGAAGGGGUAAACAGGGGAUGAAUUUUAUUAGUAACAUUUAAAUAAAGUAAUAUCUUCUCAUAUGAUCGGCAUAUCUUUUUGUUUCUCAUUUUAUUUUUGCCAUGAACGGAUAUAUAAAUUGUCUAGGUUUGCAAAGACGUUGACUACUCCAUAAGUAAUCGUAACGUAUGCACUGUGGGGAAUCAUAUGAUCAAAAUAAUCUCUAAACUAAUAAUAUAGAAUAAUAUUGAAGCAAGAGUUGCUGUAAAUAUUAAAGAUAACUUGACAACAUGAAUGUAUUCUAAAACUACAUAGAUUUCAAUCGCAACCACCAUCUAAUUAUCUGGAACACUUCUUUUUUUUCAUUUAUUAAGUCGUCUGUGAUAUGCAGGCUCCAUAACCUCAGACCCCUUGUCUAAAUUCAAGCUUAUUUAGAUUUAGUUCUGCUCAUUGUUUUCUCGUUUAGGGCGAAGCCAAUAGUUUAACUGGGGACCAUACGCCGCGUUUCAUGGAAUUGCAUUCUGUGCAUCAUUGAAGGUUUCAUGUGCACCGUCGUAAAUUAUAUUGUGGUACUUAACAUGUGUAAAUGUGAGUUCUGCUCAACCCGAGACUAGAAGGCGUGGACGGUAGCUUGCACUUCCACUACCGUCCAAGAACCGAACCUGCAACACUUUCGUCUAUGUUGGGUUGGGCGACCUGUUGUUUUUACACUUUUUCUAUUUUCAUAAUUACCAGAGACAUUACUUUGAUUCUUUCUCUCGAUAUGGCUUUAAUGUCUGAUUCAAUAGAAGACCUUCAGCAAAGUUUGAAUGACCUCCGCACAUAUUGUGACCGAUGGGGAUUAAAGCUGAACAAUAUAAAACUAAGCUUUUGGUAUUUAGACGGCGGGGUACGGUUAGAAGUCGUUGAUAACGUUAAUUAUCUUGGCACAGUUUUUAAUUCAAACGGAUGUUUUGAUUUGAAUUCGCAAAGGUUAAUUGAUAAAUCGCUCAAAGCAAUGAGCACUUUAUUAUGCAAUACCAAAGCCUUUGAGUUUACACCUAAAACCAUGUGUAAUGUUUUCGAUUCAUUUUGUUUGUCCAUUCUUAAUUACUCGGCUGAAGUAUGGGGUUAUACAAAGUGUAAAGAAAUUGAAAGAUUACACUUAAAAUUUUAUAAACAUAUUCUUAAUGUUAAAAUAAGAUCUACAAGUACGGUGAACAUGCUCGUUUCCCAUUAUACAUAAAUCGCUUUGUUAGAAUCAUUAAAUAUUGGAUUAAAGUUCUUAAUACGAAAAAAUCUGUAAUGGAGACAAUAUAUGCUGUAAUUAAAUAAAACUGGACCCAAAAUGUAAAAACUCUGUUAUAUGCUACAUUUGGGAAUGUCCGUUAAACAUAGAUGUGAACACUUUUAUUCCAUUUUUUAAGUAACUGUUGAAAGAUACUUUUGUACAAGACUGGAACAGUGGUUUGAUUAAUAAUAGUGUAUUGUUUGUCUACAAAAAUGUGAAGCAAGACUUUGAAUACGAGGAAUACCUGAGUACAGAGACAACUAAAAGGUAUAGACAUAUAAAAUUUUGCAAACAAAGUUCAGACUGUCUGCACAUAAACCGCGCAUUGAAACUGGGAAAUCUGGACAAAAUUGACUUGAAAGAAGUGAAAGGCGUUGUGAAAUUUGUAGAACAAAUUUUAUUGAAGAUAAGUUUCACUUAAUUUUGAAAUGUAAAAUGUAUAGAAAUGUUAGAAAACGAUAGUUUGAUAGUUAUUAUUAUGAUCGUCCUAGUGUAUUUAAACUUCUUCAUCAAAGUGUGUGCAAAUCUUGAACAAUUUAGCUUGUUUUAUAUAGUGCGCUUUAAACAUAAGAAGUAACAUAUUGUAAUGUCACAGCCUUCUUUCGAUAACAAGUGAAUGAAGAGUAUUGCCAUGCAAUACAAAGUCCCCUACUGGAAGGUACCUUAUUUUCUCGACUGCAGUAUAACAUAAUGAACUGAUAUCUGUAAAUAAUAUAUAAACAAUAUUGUACUAUAUAUACAAUAUGUUAUAAUAAAACACUUGGAUUAAAAUUUGUAUAUAUAAAA